AUGGUUUUUCAUUAUUCAACCCGCGGCCCUACAGUUUGGGGUAUUCAACCCGCGUUCCGACCACACACAGAGCACGGGCGCCUCCUCUCCUUCUCGCCCGAGGAAGUCCUCGCCGCCGCCAGCACCCACGCCGCCUGCUUCCGGCGAGCUCCGGUGCCGCGCAGCACGCCCCCGAGCUCCCCGCGGUCUGCGCCUCCCUCUCCUCCUUCCAGAUUCUCUGCUCCCGGCCUCUACCGCCCGCUUGCAACCCCACCCGGCCCCGUGGCUAGGGUUUCUGGCAGGGCUUCGCCGGCACGUCUCCGGCGGCCCCAGGCUGGGCUGCGCGAUUCUUCAGUGGCUGCUCAAUACAGUUGUGGUGAUCCGGGCGACGAGGAUAUUAGGGACAUCGGCCCGGCGGAGUAUGGUGCGUCAGCUAUGAAGCCAGAUCCGCAGGCACCAGGGACCAGGGUGGAUCAAGAGAGUUCUUGUGGAAGCGAAUCCGACAGAGCGAACCCUAUGCCUCAUUAGCAUGGGUACUCUUGAGAAGUCCAUAAUGGUUUUUGCAGAGGGCGCCGACAGAGGCAUACGACUUUUACAACCUGUAUUAGUGGGAAAAUGGGUUUAGUAUCAGGCAUGGGAAGAGCCGAUUGAAUCCUGCAAGCGGAGGACCAUGCAGGAGACUGUUUGUGGUUGCUCAGGGGAUGCUUUGCGUGAGAAUACAAGGUCGUGCCGCUAUGAGUGUCCUGCGAUAAUAAGGCUGCUACGGACAUUAGAUAAUGGGGGGGGGGGUACAUAACGGAGCACCGGGUAGAGCAUAACAAUGUUA